AUGUCUUUUAAAUUACAAACGGUCAGUUCACAUUUUGAAAAUAAUAAGACUAAAAAUAAAGAAACAGAUAUAAACGAAGACUCUAGUGGUAUUGACAAUGAUGAAGAAAAUAUUAAAUUAGAAAAUAAUUCAGAUGAAGAAACUAAUCAACAGCUACGAUUAAUAACAAGUUUACUAUUAAGACCCUUCUAUAGUAUAGAACACAAACCGAAUUUAUUAAUGGCAUUUAGUAAUUUAUUUCGACGUACCGAUCCUGUCUCUUAUAGUUUCAGUUAUACAUGUGUCGAUGAAAAUUCAACCAUUGAAACGUUAUUAGAUGAAUUGGAAUCUCAAUGUCGACAUUGUUGUUUCCGAACUUCUGUAUCAGGUGAUCACACAAAUAAUUUAUCUUUAGUGAAGCGUAAUUCUGAGCAAAUCGGUAUCAAUACAAAUUAUUCAACUAAACGUCAUGCAUCUGUUGAUUAUAGUUGGUUGUCACCAACAAAUUUUCUUCAACCCAAUGAUAUGUAUCAUUUACCAGAUAUAAUGAAAAUGGAACUAACAGAAUCGUUAAAGAAUGUUCCAUGUGAAGAUUGUUCAAUAUUAAUAACAAAUUUUCGACGUGCUCUACGUCAUUUACCAUCAUCGAAAGUCACGCCUGAGUCGAUCAUAGCUAUAUUUCGUAAAACUAUAGCUGAAUAUUUGGAAACCAAACAAAAACAAUCACAACAAUCUUCACAACAAAAUAUAUUAUCGAAAGAGUGUCCAAAAUCAACAAUAUCAAAUAUGAUUCGAAAUAAUCGUAUUUUACCAAAGAAUAAAGAUGAUGAAUUGUGUGCAGAACUUACGGAAAUAUCAAUAACAUCAUCCUCAACGGAUGAUAAGGCUUUUUGUAGUAAUAAAUGUGCAAUAUCAAUUCAACGACUGUUCUGUGAAAAGGCGGAUGGAUUAGAAAAGCAGACGUAA